CUCUUGUUUGUAUUGAUAAUUUACACGGAUGACAAUUUAAAUGUCCGUAAUUACAUAGAAACAAAGGUCGUGUCAUUCGAAUACAACUCAAAAUUUUCAAGUGCUUACAUACAGUUCUACAUUUAAUUGUGAAAAGAUGGUUACUUUCAAUUUCAAUAAGACAUUGACAAAAACUGAUCCUCAGAGUCACCCGGUGUUAAUGAUUGGGCAGCUACGACAUUUGUCUAUUUUGAAAUUUCAAGACGUUCGAUGUAAAUUAGCUCCACGCGUGAGCGAGGUCAUUUUUAGGGAUUCUAUAACGUGCCUUCAUCCUUCACCUACAGACUUCUGUCCACUUUAUUUAAGUCUAGCGACCAUCGCCGCAUUACCAAUAAAAUCUUCACGCCAUAAUACAAAUUCGAGGGCCCACGCAAUUACACGCUUAGUGAAGACUCAUACAAUGAACGUUACCGAAAGCAUAGUGAUUAUUUGUGAAAAAAAAGAUUUGUUCGCAAGUGCAUGUGCAGUUUCAAGAGCAUUCCCGUUAUACUCUCGUAAGACUGGAUGUCAUAAUGUUGAAGAAGUCAUUGUAAACAUUGAAUUUAUUCUGAUCGAAAACGAUACAGUCAUGGAAAACAUUUUAUCGGAGGCUGAUAUUGAAUGUUUAUUAAACGUAUCCAAUGGUAUUAGACUGGCCGCAAAAAUUGUAGAUAUGCCAUGCAAUGAAAUGGAUGUAUCACAUUUUUUGAAUGAAAUUAAUUCUGUUGCAAAAGAAUUGAACAUAAAAUCAACAGUGAUACGUGGUGAGGAGCUAAAUGAACGUGGUUUUGGGGGUAUAUAUGGUGUAGGUAAAGCCAUAAACUCACCACAAAGGGCACCUGCCCUUGCGGUGCUCUCGUAUACUCCGAUUGGUGCAACCGAAACUUAUGCUUGGGUCGGGAAAGGCAUUGUAUAUGACACCGGCGGCCUAAGCAUCAAGCAAAAGACAUCAAUGCCUGGAAUGAAACGCGAUUGUGGAGGUGCGGCUGCAAUUUUAGCUGCAUUCAAAAUUAUGAUCCAAUCACAAUUUAUUCAAAAUUUACACGCCGUUUUUUGCUUGGCUGAAAAUGCUGUCGGACCCGAUGCUACACGUCCUGAUGAUAUUCAUAAACUGUAUUCCGGUCGAACUGUUGAAAUUAAUAAUACAGACGCUGAAGGUCGUUUAGUAUUAGCAGAUGGUGUGGCAUUUGCAAAGAAGGAUCUUAACGCAACUAAUAUUCUGGAUAUGGCAACCCUUACAGGUGCACAGUUUCCAUCAUUUUUUAUCAUGCAGGCAAUUUCAACUGGCAAAUAUCAUGGUGCUGUUUUAACAAAUUCUGAAUGUUGGGAAGUAAAGGCGGUGGAAGCAGGUCGUAAUUCAGGAGACUUAUUGGCACCGAUUGUUUAUUGUCCUGAGUUACAUUUUUCAGAAUUUGCAUCUUCUGUUGCUGAUAUGAAAAAUUCAGUUGCUAAUCGCAACAAUGCUCAGUCUUCAUGUGCUGGACUAUUUAUAGCAGCCCAUCUGGGCUUUGAUUUUCCUGGCAUAUGGAUUCAUGUAGAUAUGGCAUCACCUGUUUACUGUGGUGAAAGAGGUACCGGUUUUGGCGUGGCGCUAUUAUGCUCAUUAUUCGGAAAUCAUACGAACGUUCCUUUGCUAAAAGGCAUCGCACCAGAAUCCUAAUAGGUCGAAAUAACAUGAAAAAUUAAAUUUCCAUUUUAUCUGACCAACAAGAACAAAUAAAAAAAACAUCACGAAAAAUUGAUAUAUAUAUA